AUGCGUUUCUACACUAUUGCUCUCUUGACUGGCGCUACCGCUGCUGCCGCGGGUAACACCGCAAACCUUUUGCUGCCUGGUUUCCAGGGCCAUGACCUGCAGGCUGGUAUUAUGGGCGAGGACGGCGAUGCGACCACCUACCUGAUAACCUGCCCUACCAGCGUGGCCGCCUCCGUCUGCGGUAUCCCCGGCAAAGGCAUGACCGCCAUCUCGGCCCCCAGCUCGGCCCAAUUGAUCAACACCAACGGCGCAAACACCGCUUCCCUCUCCUGCAAUGUCGCCGGCUCUACCUACGCCUCCUGCUACGCGCAAGAAGGCACCGUGACCGUCCAGCAAACCCUCGCCUCUAGCAACAUCAACUGGAUGGCCGUGACUGUGACCGGAGACUGCUACACCAGUACCCCCACACCAACUCCCACUCCCACUCCUACUUCGACCCCAACCCCCACCCACUCCUCGACUUCAACCCAGACUCCGUCUUCGACCUGGACUCCCGUCUCCACCCCCAAGAAGUCGCCUACCAAGUCUUCUACUCGUAUUGCUUCCAGCUCUACCCCCCUCAUCAGUGGUGCCCCCACCGCUCCGGCUGUUACUGCCCCUGCUGCUUCUGGUACCCCGGCCCCAUCCACUACCCCCGUUACCGGUGGCGCUGCCUCCGUUGCCCGUAACGGAUGGGUCCUUGGUGGUGCCCUGGCACUUGCCUACGCUCUC